CUCUCUUUCUCAUCGCUCUUCAAAUUUUGCACUCCACUCCCUGCAAAUUUUCCCAAGAAAAUCAUCGCCCCCACCAAAUACCACCAGACGGAAAAAAAAUGAUCAAGACGUUGAGUCCUUACUCGACCACGCCGGCCGCCACGGCGAAGACGGCCGAGAUCAUGUCCCGGUACCGUCCCAUUGCCCCGAAGCCCGAGACGGUCCCCUCGGCGGCGAGCUCGGCCGCCGAGAGCCCGACGUCCAUGUCCCCGAAGAUCCGGCAAUCUCCGUACCUCCGGAACCUCUGGCCUCAGCUUCAGGCGAGGCCGACUCGCACCCGGAAGCGCGGGAGGACCGCCAUCUCGCCGCCUGCCAUCAAGAGGCCGAAGACUGCUGCCACAGCAGCGGGGGCGCCGGCGGGCGUUCCGUCCCCCUGCGCCCUGCCGCCGACGAAGAGCCUGUCUCUGCAGGUUUUCACUCACGGCCUCCCCCACAUUCCUCUCGCCGGCCUGAUGGAGAGCCCCCCUGUGGCCCUGGCGGGCUCGGCCGCAGCGGCAAGCAGCCCGAGGAGCCUCGUCACCCUCCCUCUCCUGCCGUGCUCGCCGGAGCUCAACUGCAUGAACACUGUGCGGGUCGAGGAGGCCGCCGCCGUGGACUUGAACGUCAACUCGGCCGUGGAAACGAUCCCGAAGGAGAAGGACCUGCUCCUGCAGCUCCAGGGGCCUGCGUCCGGUAGCGGCAACGUGAUAUCUCCACGGCCCGUACGGCCAGUCGGGUCGAGGAUAAGCGUCGGGUGCAUAAGCGAGGAUCGGAGGCCAGACUCGCCGGCGCCGCGGGCGAGGCAGAAGCCGGAGGAAGUGGAGGAGGAGGUGGAGUCGGAGGCGCUGCCAGCGGUGAUAUCGGACUCAAAAAACCGGGUGAGGGUGGUGAACUCGGCGUACAAGGAGAUGGUGGGGCAGCCGGAGUGCCCGUGGCUCGAGGCCAUGGCGAGGGGGCGCCGCGGGGGCCGGCGGAUCGGAGGGGAGGUGGCGAUCCGGAUGUGCGACGAGGAGGCGAAGGUGCCGGUGUGGGCGGAAGGGUUCUCGUGCUGGGCGAGGAUCGAGUGGGUGGGGAGCGGAGGCGAGAAGAGCUCGGUCAAAGCGUUCUGCGACGCCAUCAGGCUGCGCUGCGACUCCAAGGACUACCUCUUCACCUGGAGGUUCCACACCAACGCCGCGAGGCCGUCGUCCGAGUUCAGCUCCAGCGCCGUCUGAAUCAAAUCUCCGUCGACUCUCUUCCCUUGCCUUCUUCUUCUUCUUUUACUGGUUAGAAAGUGUCGAUUUGUAUCCGUGCAUAUAGGGCUCCUUUAAGUCGUAAGUACUAAAGAUGAUUGUAGGGUUUUUUCAUGUGCUCCUUCUUCUUCUAUGUAAAUAUAAAGCAUGUCAGAA